AAGUUUUUUAAGUCAUUUCAAUUAAUUUUCACGAAGUUUCGUGAUAGACAGUUGGAAAUUAAUUUUUUGCCUGUUGUUUGUUAACGUUGGAAGUGAUAACAAAACGAGUUCUCAAUUUGACGCGAUUUAAAUAAAUAAACAAAAUUCGCUUGUUAAUUUAGUGAUAAGAGGAUAAAUAGUGGAACAUAAUUAAUUAAGGAAUUUAGUGCUGUUUUGUUUUUGUGAAUAUUCAAAUAGAAGAUAAAUAAUUAAUUAACAGAAUGGAUCGUGAGCAUUUUUCAGACGAUGAUUCACCAAUGUCAAACUCAACACCACAUUCAGAAGAGGACGACAAACAUAGCGAAGACUUUCCACGAUCACCACCAGCAAAAUAUUUAGACGAAUCACCACCGCAUGAAGAGCCAGAUGCUUUCGCACAACAACAGCGUGAAUUACUCGAGAGACUUAAGGAACAGUUUUCAUCAUUUCCAUUUCAUCAUGCGUCCGCAUUUCCCGGACUCGAUCUUACCACAUCAGAUCAAAGAAUAAAAUCAGAGGCUCAAAAUGAAUUUCCCUUCUCAUUUCCAACACCUCCGCCAUCAAAAGACGAAGUUAAAAUUUCAUCGUCAUCGAAAAAGAAUGGAAGUAGUCAAAAUAAUAACAGCUGGAGUUACGAGGAUCAAUUCAAACAAGUGAGACAACUUUAUGAAAUUAAUGACGAUCCAAAGCGCAAAGAAUUUUUAGAUGAUUUAUUUACGUUCAUGAAAGAUCGAGGAACACCAAUCAACCGACUUCCCAUCAUGGCAAAAUCUGUAUUGGAUCUAUAUGAAUUAUACAAGCUUGUAAUUGCACGCGGUGGUCUUGUUAAUGUUAUCAACAAAAAACUUUGGCAGGAAAUUAUCAAAGAUUUAAAUUUACCAUCAAGUAUAACAAGUGCUGCUUUCACUUUACGCACACAAUACACAAAAUAUUUAUAUCCAUAUGAGUGUGAAAAAUAUAAUCUAUCAUCGGAUUCGGAACUGCAAGCUGCUAUUGAGAAUAAUAAGCGUGACGGUAGUCGUCGAUCAACAUCAAAUUACAAUCAGUUCAGUCCACAAUCGCCACAAACUCCUCAUCAUCAGCAGCUUCAAAUGGCAAUGGCAUCAACACUAGCGGCAACCGCAAGCGCAAAUGGAGGACUUAAUUUAUCAGGAAAUAGUAAUAGUAAUCAAUCGAAUGAUUUACCUGGCAAUCAACAGCUCAACGAAAUGCAAUUGGCACAGCAGCGAUUUAUGAUGAUGAUGUUUCUAUAUAAUCAAUUCAUGCAAGCGCAAGGUCAAUCAACAUGAACUGCAAGUCGUUUAUUUUGAAGAGAAAUUUAAUAUAUAAAUUAUAAAACUUUUGAUUUUGAUGGCCAAAAAUUUUUUUAAAGAAAUUUCUAAAUACCUUAAUACAUAUUAUUAUAAUUAAGAACUAAGAAGCAGAAGAAGAUGAGUAGUAAAAAUUAUUUCAUGACAAAAUUGUGCAAAAAAAAGUAUGAAGUUUCAUGUAAAGAAUGAUGUUAAUAUAGAUUUAGUGAGGGAUGUAAUUUUUCUUCUCUUAUUUUUUGCUAUUUAGAGCUUUUAAUGACAAAAAAAUUGAAGGAAAUUUUAGAUGUGUAACGAAUGCAUUUCUUAUUCUCUAGAAAAAUUUUCAUUUUGUUGAUGAAAU